AUGGUGCUGCUGAUUUGGAUAUGUAGACAGUAUACCUCAUUGAAGAAACUUAAGUCGGCUAACUUUUUCAGGAUCUCUCGACUAACGUUUCCAAGUAUCCGUUCGAGCUGCAACUUCUUGGGUUUUGCAGAUGCUGGUUCAAGAAAUCCAAGAUCAGCUGUAACUCCAAUACAAGGCUCAAGGGUUCAUGGAAUCUGCAUAAGCUGGAUGAAGGUGUUUUUGUUGGUGUUGCAGCUUGUUGGUGUUACCCUGCAACUUCUUGUACCUAGCUGCAGCUUUAGUUUGGUUAACUUGUUGGUAAAAACAGCUCCUCUUGUUAUUGUUCUUGGCAUCUGCACAGAGAAACAACCAGAGGCCAUUCCACAUGUUGGCCCAAGGGAUGCAGAGAUGCAGACUGCAUUUCUGAAGUUGUUGUUGUUGGAUAUGUUGUAUCUUUGCUUCUGCUUUGUGAAGGAACCUGCAGCUUUGGAUGUGCUGCAUUUUCCUGCAAUUCCAAAUACAUGUAAGCUGCAACCUAUAAGUUGA